GAGCCGCCGGAGCCGCCGCUGUCGUUCCGCGCCGGCCGCGGCCAGAGGCGAGUCAGGACCGCGGACAGCGCCCCCCCCGCGCCGCCCCGCGCCCACCAUGACGGCGGAGACCCACCUGCAGGGCGUGGAGAUCUCGGCAGCCCAGUUCUUCGAGAUCUGGCACCACUACGACUCCGACGGCAAUGGGUUCAUGGACGGGAAGGAGCUACAAAACUUCAUCCAGGAGCUGCAGCAGGCACGGAAGAAGGCAGGCUUGGAUUUAACACCUGAAAUGAAAGCUUUUGUGGACCAAUACGGGAAAUCUACUGAUGGAAAAAUAGGUAUAGUUGAGCUUGCUCAGGUAUUGCCAACGGAAGAGAAUUUCCUGUUGUUCUUCAGAUGCCAGCAGCUAAAGUCAAGUGAAGAUUUCAUGCAGACCUGGAGGAAAUAUGACAGCGACCACAGUGGCUUCAUUGAUUCUGAGGAACUUAAGAGCUUCUUGAAAGAUUUGUUACAGAAAGCAAAUAAGCAGAUUGAAGACUCAAAGCUAACGGAAUACACAGAAAUAAUGCUCAGGAUGUUUGAUGCAAACAAUGAUGGAAAGUUGGAGCUUACUGAACUGGCCAGACUGCUCCCUGUACAGGAAAAUUUUCUUAUUAAAUUUCAGGGUGUCAAAAUGUGUGCAAAAGAAUUCAAUAAUGCCUUUGAGAUGUAUGAUCAAGAUGGCAAUGGCUAUAUAGAUGAAAAUGAACUUGAUGCCCUACUGAAGGAUCUCUGUGAAAAGAACAAAAAGGAAUUAGACAUUACCAACCUUGCAACAUACAAGAAAAGCAUCAUGGCCUUGUCUGAUGGAGGAAAGCUGUACCGAGCAGAAUUGGCUCUUAUUCUCUGUGCUGAGGAAAACUAGAGCUCUUCUAUCAUGUCCACUUAACUAGUGAUGUACUCUACACAAUAACUGUGCACUGUAAGGGAGUAGGCUGUAUUUUUAAACUGCAUAUAGAAAAUUAGCCAGGAUGUGUGGCACAUUCCUUUCAGUUUGUUUCUAUACUGUUUGUAAUGUACAGUUUUUGUAACAAUAAGAUUGAUAAAGAGAAUGUCAGUGUUUGGGCCAGUCUGUAUAUUCAAAAAGAAACUACAUAUGUCAGGGUUGGUUUUGGUUGGGUUUUUGCUCUCCUAAACAUGGCUGGAGAAAAAUUAAACCUGCUGACAUUGCUGUGGUCAUCAUAUCCUUUGACACUUGCAACAUUUCUUGUUAAACUACAUAACAAAAAGAUCUACACAUAAACACGUAUAUUUCCCAAAACAAAUAAAUGUGGGCUUUUUAAAUAAGAAACAUUAAUUCAGAUUAAAUAUGAUCUAGGUCUGAAAUAGGAAAGAGACAUUGGCAUGUCUGAUUUCAAAAAUUUGAUAAGGCACUAAGAAAUAUUUUGAGUUGUUAAAC